UUCCUUUGUGUGCAUUUAUAAUCAUUUUCUUAAUUAACGCAUCAGUAUUUACACAAAAAACCUCAUCACCAAUAUCUCAGGGUAACCUAUAUUAAAUCAGAAUGAACAUUAAAAGAGAUGAAAUAACACCAGUGACAAUAACAAAUGUCAAAUUCAGCUCUUCCCCAACCACACAAAAAAAUGUCCUUCCUGUAUUUCGAGGGAAGAGUGUGAUCAGAUGAUUCCAGAUAAGUACAAACCUCCAAAGUUCUCGAUUCAGAAAUAGUUUCUUUAGAUUGAAAAAUUGAACAUAUCACCAUCCUCUUGAGAAAAGUGGAAAAGGAGAAACAAGUGGACUAUCAAUGUUUCCUGAAAUGUAUUAGUGAGAAACUGUUGAUGUGGGUGGUUACAGAUUGAUUGCCAAUGUUCAGCUGAAGGACCCGGCAGAGAUUUGUAAAAGAACAGGUCAUGCCUGAAAAUCCUGACUGCUUUUUCAAGUAGGGACUAAGCGGGUGGAAAGGCAGAUUCUAUGAUUGUUAUUUAUUUAGACUUUUAUGAAUCCAUUGAAUAAAGUAUUUUAGAGUACAGGCAAGUAUGCGUUUUUUGUCAUUUGGACUUUGAAAGGUUAGACCAAAAAACAAUCCUUGAAGGAAAAAACUGGAAGUUGUGAAGCUUCAAAGACACUUGGGUCCUUGUAUAACGUCCAAAUCUAGUACAGAAAUUAGUCAAAAGUGCUAAUGAAUUGUUUGUAUUUGAUCCUAGCCUAACUCAGCAGACCAGGCUGCAUCUGUGGGAUGAGAAACGGAGGCAGUGUUUCGGUCUGAACACUCUUCCAUCAGUACUCCUUGGCUCAACACCUUGGGGAGAUGUUUUGGUCUUAAAGGGAACUGCGAUUUAUUAAAAAUGCUAUCUUAAUCGCAGUGUUUGUCCCCUCUAUGUCUGGUUUCGCUGGGAUUUAGGAGUGAAAUCAGGAGUGAAAUGAUCCCGUGUUCAAGAAGGAACUGCAGAUGCUGGAAGAUCGAAGGUACACAAAAUUGCCGGAGAAACUCAGCGAGCGGGUGCAGCAGCAUCUAUGGAGCGAAGGAAAUAGGCGACGUUCCCUACUGAUUGGGUGCCUAGAGCCAGCUAACAUGCCAUCAGUAAGACCCAAGAUUUCAGGAAUGAAAUUCAGAAAUUCAAGCAAAGACGCAGCACUGAAUGUCAAGGUUUCAAAAGCCAUUGACUAUCAUCUUAUGGAUUCCGUUCACCAAGACCCGCUGAAAGUCUGUGCGAAGCUGAAAGAUUCCCCAGGGAGUGAGAUUGCAAGUGAGCGGAGUGAGGGAGAGACCGGCAGCAAAAACAAGAAGAGGCGCAACAGAACCACGUUCACCAGCUAUCAGCUGGAGGAGCUGGAGAAGGUGUUUCAGAAAACUCACUAUCCAGAUGUGUAUGCUCGAGAACAGCUGGCUCUAGGCACUGAGCUGACGGAAGCCAGGGUCCAGGUUUGGUUUCAAAACAGAAGAGCCAAAUGGAGGAAACGGGAACGCUACGGAAAAUUCCACGAAGUCAGAAACCACUUUGCUGCAGCGUAUGAUAUCUCAAUCUUCCCUCGGCCAGACAAUUACCCUCAGAUACACAACAACCUCUGGGCCAGCACUGCAACAAACACUGCCACGGUGUCUUCACCUCUACUGUCCCAGCAACCCAUGCCUUCAUCUUGCAUGACUCCGUAUUCACACUCCCAUGGGAAUGUCGGUGGGUUUAUGGGCAUCUCCAGCGCUCCGACUCACCAUAGUGGCAUCAAGAGUCUUUAUUCCCUUCACGGCUUCCCCAGCUCACGUGCCAGCCACGCCUUUGAAUCGGUGCCUGAAUCUGACUACAAAACGCCCAGUCUUGUUGCUCUUCGAGGGAAGCCAAAGGAACCGCCGGCUUUCCUUUCAUGGGAUGGCAGGAGAUGAUGCCUUUGACUCAACUUUUUUUUUUUCAUCACUGAAGAAUUUCUCUCUACUAUUAUGCUUUUAAUUAUAAAUAAUUGCCUGAGUUACUUCAUGACUCACUGCAGAAGGUGGAGAAACAAUGUGUCAUUUCCAGACGCACGUGGCGACGAUUUCAGAAGGACGUUUAUCUUCCGCUUUGAUAUCAAGAUUAUCCCCUCUAGUGUUGGUACCUAAACCAAGACAUUAACUCCUUGAAAGUGCCAUUAUUGCAAAUACUACCAUCAACAGCAAUUUGCAGAAGAGAUGUGCAUGGAGUUUUGAUUUUUUAUGAAGCUGUGCGAAUGUUAUUGGCCUCGAUCCUUGUAUGCAUACGAACAGAAAAUUAAAUUUAAUUUAAAGAGCUCAAAGUUGCAAA